UCUCACAUAGAGGUCGGAUUUCCAUAAUCUUUAGAGUGCCGUAUCGCGAGUAGGAAUAUUCUCCAAAUACUUGGGAGGAAUUUUAAGUAUGGGGAUUCAUUGAUAUAAAUACCCGAAGUGGCUUCUCGAGGUACAGUAGCUUCUUUCCGAUCAUCUGUACAUCAUCUAGCGCUGUACGCCACUAGACUCUAUUCAGAAUGUUAAAGGAGCUCGUUGUUCUUGCGAGUUUGAUUUUUCUGAGUUACGCUUGUUUGAUUACGAAUUGUCCACGAGGCGGAAAGAGGGGUGAUAUCGCACCUUCUUUGGGAACCGUUGAACGGGAAUGUCCUUCGUGUGGUCCUAACCGUUUGGGCCAAUGCUUUGGGCCCCACAUUUGCUGUGGCCCCAGUAUCGGUUGCUUCAUAGGUACACCAGAAACAUACCGAUGCAGAAAAGAAAGUCUAUACACCAGACCCUGCAUUGCUGGAUACGCGAUGUGUCAUGGAAAUACAGCAAGAUGCGCUUCAAACGGGAUUUGCUGCUCGCAAGAAUCCUGCCACAUGGAUACAUCAUGCAGAAUUUCUGAUGUUGUUGGCAACGAUCGAAAACUGGAUGCUAAUUUGAAUGUGAUAUUCCCAGACAAUGAAGUCUCUAGCGACAUUCUUCAAUAAUUUAAUUUCUUUAUUCUAUAAUUAUCCUUUAGCAUUCUAAUAGUUUAAUUUAUAUAAAAAUUCAACUAUGUGGUAUAAGAAUAAAACAAAAAUAUAAACUUCUAAUAUAAUUUGUAAAACACAAUUUUUUUUUAAGAAAAAAAUAGUUUUCUGCUAUGUUAAUAUAAAAAUUUAAUAAUAUAUUGAUAAGGUAUACAUUUAUCGUAAAUUAAAGUUGCAGUAUAUAAAAUUCUUAUUUAAUUUGUAUAACAGUACUAUAUGCAACAAUAUUAUAAAAACUUAAUGCAAUAUCCAUAUCUUAGUGAAUUUUAUUAUACAUUAUUAAUUAUUUGAUGUGGUAAUAUACAUUUUUUUUUCUAUUCGUAUUAACUAAACAUGAAUAAUACAAAUUCAAUCUAUUAUCAAUAUAUUCUACUGUAUCCUAACAUUCCGUUUCUCUGUGCAAAUAAAAUUUCAAUGGAAUAAGCAGUAAAAAAA